ACUCCCAGAGAGACCAGGAGACAGGGCUGCUGGUGGGAGGGGAGAGGGAUUGGGGUGUGGGAGAGGACCCCAGACCUUGCUCAAGUUCUCAUCACCCCCAGGCUGUAUUCUGACGGAGGGUGUGACCUGCAGAGAAGACAUCACCAGGAAAGGCUUGGGUCAGGCACAGAGGAGGUGUCACUGGGGGGUAGGGUAGUGAGUACUAGGAACGGUCUUCUGGGACACUCCAAAAGUGGCUCCAGCUGGGGGAAGACCUUGCGGGCACAUCGGGCGAUCCGGCUGGAAAGGAAGUUGGGCAGGAGAAAACUUUCUUGGAAGGUAGAGUCCAAAUUCUGCUGGGGCAGUAAGGGACUGCGCAGAGGGAGGACCAGUCGGUGCCGCCGGAGGGCGCAGAGCGCAGGCGACUGGGCAGGGGGCUGGGGUGCGAGGCGGAGUCCGGGCGCGCCGCCAGCCUGGUGGGGGGGCCCGGCGGGCUGCAGAUCCCUCCGGCUCCCGGGAACCGCGACAGGACUGGCCAGGGGACGCCAUGGAGGGGAGCCCCAUCCCGGUGCUGACGGUGCCCACCGUGCCCUAUGAGGACCAGCGCCCUGCCGGCGGCGGGGGGCUGCGGCGGCCCACCGGCCUCUUCGAGGGCCAGCGCAACUACCUGCCCAACUUCAUCCAGAGCGUGCUGUCGUCCAUUGACCUGCGUGACCGUCAGGGCUGCACCAUGGUGGUGGGUAGCGACGGCAGGUACUUCAGCAAGACGGCCACGGAGAUCGUGGUGCAGAUGGCUGCGGCCAACGGGAUUGGACGACUGAUUAUUGGACAGAAUGGCAUCUUGUCGACACCUGCUGUUUCCUGCAUUAUCAGAAAGAUCAAAGCAGCUGGUGGAAUCAUCCUAACAGCCAGCCACUGCCCUGGAGGACCAGGGGGAGAGUUUGGAGUGAAGUUUAAUGUUGCCAAUGGAGGUCCUGCGCCCGAUGUCGUCUCAGACAAAAUCUAUCAGAUCAGCAAAACAAUUGAGGAAUAUGCCAUAUGCCCUGAUCUUCGAAUUGACCUAUCUAGACUAGGAAGACAAGAAUUUGACCUGGAGAACAAAUUCAAGCCAUUUAGAGUGGAGAUAGUUGACCCAGUGGAUAUCUAUCUCAAUCUCCUUCGGACCAUCUUUGACUUUAAUGCCAUCAAGAGUUUGCUUACUGGGCCUGGCCAACUGAAGAUCCGGGUUGAUGCAAUGCAUGGAGUUAUGGGACCAUAUGUGAGAAAAGUCCUGUGUGAUGAGCUGGGGGCUCCAGCCAAUUCUGCAGUAAACUGUGUUCCCCUGGAAGAUUUUGGAGGACAGCAUCCUGACCCAAACCUGACAUAUGCAACAACCCUUCUGGAAGCUAUGAAAGGAGGGGAAUAUGGAUUUGGAGCUGCAUUUGAUGCUGAUGGGGACCGUUAUAUGAUCUUAGGCCAAAACGGCUUCUUUGUGAGCCCUUCUGAUUCCCUGGCCAUCAUUGCUGCCAACCUCUCUUGCAUUCCAUAUUUCCAUCAGAUGGGAGUCCGAGGGUUUGGGAGGAGUAUGCCCACCAGCACGGCCCUGGACAGAGUGGCCAAAUCAAUGAAAGUCCCUGUAUAUGAGACCCCAGCUGGAUGGAGAUUUUUCUCAAACCUGAUGGACUCAGGACGGUGCUCUCUUUGUGGAGAAGAGAGCUUUGGCACAGGCUCUGAUCACCUCCGGGAGAAAGAUGGCCUCUGGGCUGUCUUGGUCUGGCUCUCCAUUAUGGCUGCCCGGAAGCAGAGUGUGGAGGAAAUUGUCCGAGAUCACUGGGCCAAAUUUGGCCGUCAUUUCUAUUGCAGGUUUGACUAUGAGGGGCUAGAGCCCAAGACAACAUACUACAUCAUGAGGGACCUGGAGGCCCUGGUCACAGACAAGUCCUUCAUCAGCCAGCAGUUUGCUGUGGGGAGCCACAUCUAUACUGUGGCCAAGACAGACAGCUUUGAAUAUGUGGACCCUGUGGAUGGCACCGUGACCAAGAAACAGGGCCUGAGGAUCAUUUUCUCAGAUGCAUCACGGCUCAUCUUCCGGCUCAGUUCCUCCAGCGGUGUGCGGGCCACCCUCAGGCUGUACGCAGAGAGCUAUGAGAAGGAUCCCAGUGGUCAUAACCAGGAACCUCAGGCGGUGCUGAGUCCUCUCAUAGCCAUCGCGCUGAAAAUAUCCCAGAUUCACGAGAGAACCGGCCGGAGGGGCCCCACUGUCAUCACCUGAAAGGAGGCAAGAUCCCUCACCAGGGCCGGAAGGGAACACUCGGCAGGAGACACUCUACCACGCCUUCUUGCUACCUGUUUGUGCCUCUUAUGACUUUGAAAAAAAAACAAAAGAUAAUUUUCUGGUUAGGGGGUGGGGCUUAGAUGGGAAAAGAAAAAAAAUCUGUUUUGUUUGGGUUUUGGUCAGUUCCUCCAAAUGCGCCGGGGUCUUCAGUUGUCUGUCAAAGCUGCACUGUCAUUUGAUAGCUAUAUUUUGUCACACAAAGGAACCUCCCUUUUUAAGAAAGAGUAAGUGGGCUGGGAAACUGUUAGUCAUGGCAUCUGUGCAGCAUUGGUGCUGGGGAGAAAAGGUCCUGAAAUAAUGGAGGAGAGCACAGUGCCAGAAUUGUGCUGAUCCUAGGCCCCAGGCGCUCCUGGAGGACCUAAGGCUCCCUCAGCAUGGGGCAGCUGUUAGGCUCUCAUCCAGGUCGGGUCUCCCAUGGGGAAAAGCUGUAGAGCUCCUAACCGCCCCCCUCACGCCCACCAGCUGCCUGAGGGCCUCCUCUCCCACCACCCCUUCUCUAAGGCCCCUGUGCCACCUUCUCUCACAUCCUGUAAAGCUUUCUACAGAUCACAAUGGCACACCUUCAGCAAAAUGUAUUAAAGGGUGUUUUUCUCUCUUACUCUGUAAAUAUUAUUUUAGCUGUUAAACUGGCUGCUUUCCUUCAAAUUCAGCCAUUCAUCAUGCUGGGAGGAAGCAGUUUCUGGGCAGGACUCUACAAUUGAAUGCUUAGUAUUUUGUGGACCCUUCCCUGAUUAUAUCACAUAGGUUGACACAUGGGUUUAUACUAAUUCCUCCUGGGAAACAAAAUACCAUCAUGUCUGCUAUCUCUGACUUUAUCUCUCUCCACUAUCCUAUCUCCCAAUAAGGGCCUAUUUUAAUGCACUUGUUUGGACACAGUUCAGAUCUUGCUUAAAAAGCUGUAAAAGGAGACAGUGGAAUGCUAUAAAAGUAGGAGAUACAAUGGAUGCUGGAAGAAGACCUUACUGGUGGGAACAGUUAGAUGGAGGAGAGGGUUCUCAGUGGCUUUCAUUGCUCUGGAAAGGGAUAUUGCAGCUCUAGCAGCUGCCAUCUGUGCUCAGCCCCAGCACUUGGUGCGUGGGACCUGUUUGCACAUGUUUUGCCACCUUGAGAACAACACUCUCACUUAUUGUGUCAUUUGUGCAGAUGACGUGGUGUGCUUUGACGGCUAAGCAAUCAUGCCUUAUUGCUGUAGUCAAGAUUAGUGCAAGAAGGGGAACAUUCCCAGUAAGGUAUUUGUUUCCAUUUUCUAUCUAUGCUUCUGUCAGAAACUUGCUAGGACAUUUAGUAUCCAAUAAAAAAAAAAUUCCUUAUUUCAACCUUC